AUGUAUACUAAGAUUAUUAUCGCCGCCGCUGUCCUUUCCGUAGCUGUCGGACAAUACAAUAAUGGUUAUGGACAUGGACAUGGCCACGCGCAGUCGUCUCAGAACAUAGUACUGCAUCAGAGCCACGGCCAAACGGCUCACAGAGCGCCCGCUUUGGUCUUGCACCACCAGCCCGCACAUUACGCAGAACACAACGACCAUCACCAGGACUACUAUGCGCCCCCACACUAUUCGUUUGAGUACUCUGUAGCCGACUCGCACACGGGUGACAUCAAGUCCCAGCACGAGAGCCGAGAGGGUGAUGCUGUGCACGGUUCCUACAGCUUGCACGAGUCCGACGGCACUGUCAGAACUGUUGAAUACACCGCUGACGCUCAUAACGGAUUCAACGCUGUUGUACACCGUGAGGGCCACGCUACCCACGCAGUUCCCGUGCAGCAUCACCAUUGA